AUGGCAGGCUACACACAACUACCUUUAUCAUCGACAGGCGCAAGGCAGCCUGAUCAGCCAUCAUCGCUCAAGGUUGGUCUAUAUAUGGUGGCAUGGAUAGUUUCGUCCAAUAUAACCAUUCUAUUCAACAAAUGGCUGCUUGAUACAGCUGGAUUCAAAUACCCCAUCUUAUUAGUAACAUGGCAUCUCAUCUUUGCCACGGUUGUCACACAGAUCCUCGCACGUACAACAAGUUACCUUGUCAGCCGCCAUGAACUUCCGAAUACAUGGGACUUCUUCCUCACGACAGUCCUGCCCAUCGGAAUCGUAUCAUCCGGAUCAUUGGUCGCCUCCAACUUCGUCUAUCUGUACCUAUCGGUGGCCGUAAUCCAGAUGCUGAAGGCGGCCUCGCCCGUCUCGGUGUUGCUCGUCUCGUGGCUCUUUGGCGUUAUCGACCCGACUAUCGGAAAGAUUGUUAAUAUCCUUGCCAUUGCCAUAAGUGUCGCAGUCGCGAGCGCCGGCAUGAUUGAGUUCUCCCUAAUCGGCUUUUUCUUCCAAAUGGGCGGGCUCGCAUUCGAAGCCGUGAGAGUUGUCAUGACGCAGGUCAUGCUCAACGGUGAGGGCUUAAAGAUGGAUGCCAUGGUAGGUUUAUACUACUACGCCCCCGUCGUCGCCGCCCUGAACCUUCUUGUGGCGUGUAUCAUCGAAAUUCCGUACUUUGACAUGGCCGACUUGCACCGAGUCGGCUUCUCCAUCCUGUUCUUGAAUGCUGCUGUUGCCUUUACGCUUAACUUUACAAGCAUGGUUCUCAUUAGCAAGACAUCGGGCCUUGUUAUGUCUUUGUCCGGCAUUUUCAAGAACAUUCUGCUUGUCAUCUGCUCCGCCCUGAUCUGGCAUGUAACAAUAACACCCGUGCAGCUCUUCGGGUACAGUCUCACACUGUGUGCGCUUAUCUACUACUCGCUUGGGUGGGAAAAGUUAUUAGAAGGCUACGUGACUUCCGUAAAUUGGGCAUCAGGUCUAAUGAGGGAGGUGGGUUCCAAGCAGGCUUGUCAAUAA